AUGACAGAAGAGGGAUUUGCUGAGGUGUUCGAGUUCCUGCACAGCAGUCGUGAGGAUUUACGCAAGAUGGCCGUACGGGGUAUUGCACAGCAAAGUAAAGACAAUGCCGAAUUGUAUCGAUUUCUCUGUUCUCCGGCCCACGGUCCGAGGAGCAUCGAUGCACUUCUGCAGUUCCUCCACGCUGGUGGUGUUCAGGUGUUGGGGGAUAUCUUAACAAUUCUCAUCAACUGUUCUGCAGAGGGCGGCUGUGCAGAGAUGCUCGUCACUCGUAAGAUUGUGCGAAAAGCCAUGCGGCUGCUCGACGGUAUUGAGAGCUCCGAUCACGAAGAUGCACUCAAGCGCAGUCUGGAGGAAAUGACACUCAUGCUGUUGAGUAAUUUGAGUGCCAGUCACAUCAGUGCGGUAGAUGAUUUACUGCAGAUGGCAGAUGAGGAUCUCCGCGGGUUUUAUUUGGGAAAACUGCAGGUCUUCUACGACCGUUUUAACACAGACGCUGAAGGAGAAGAAGAAGGGAAACAACGCGAUGAGGCGGAAGAGGAAAGAGAAGCCAAGCAGGAAACUGAAGGGAAUGCAAAUAAACCACCUGUGCGGGAUUUACAACGAUGGAUUCUGCAGAUUCUUCUUAACUUGACUCGCUCCACUAAUGGACAGGAAUUACUUAUGGAGGAUGAAGACUGGCGACGUUCACUCACACAGUGUCUGGGAUCACCAAAUGAAAGACACCGUAUGCUUGCCGCGCAGUGUUACCGCAAUUGUAGUCUUUGCAAAGAACAACACCCGGCGAUAUUGCGAGGGAACUGCGUGCGUGCGUGUUUGGAGCGGUUGUGUGAUGGUAGUGAACGUGUGCCUGAAGUGGAGUUGCUGCUGGCGGAGGUGAUAGCGGGAAUGAUGCAGUCAGAGGAGGGAAUGUUGUUUCUGGAGGAAGUAAACACGAAAAAACAUUUACAGUCCGCCAUAGCAGGGAAAAAGGUACAUGAUGAAACAGCAGAUUUUCUCUCUCGACAUGUUCUUCCACUUCUUGAUGAUGUGGUGGAUGCGUAUGUGAUUCCUGAACACGAUAACAUCGAUUAA